AUGAACACCGACAUUAGACAUGAUUGCUCCACUAAAGUCCCGGUUUCAUUAACAGUUGAUCGGAGCACCUGCAGUUCGUACCAUUCUCUUUUUUUUUAUCAUUGUCCUUUCUUUUCUCUUUCACGUUUCCUCUUUUCUUUCCCCUUUUUUUUCUUGACACAGAUACGAUUUCACACACUGUCCGCUGUAACAGAGAUAUACACUUUCUUCCUUUCUCUGGUUUUCUUUUUUCUUUCCUUCUUUCUUCUUCUGUAUACAGUUCAGUCAAACACGAUUCAACUGCAACAGGUAUAUACACUUUCUUCCUCUCUCUGGCUUUCUUCUUUCUUUCUUUCUUUCUUUCUUUCUUCUUUACACAAUUCAGCUUGUAACAGGGAUAUAUACUUUCUUCCUCUCUGGUUUUCUCUUUUCUUCAAACGCAGUUUGUAUUCUCAGCGUACAAAUUCCUUUGCGUCUUCUGUGAUAAAUAACGCAGGUUAUCGUCUUCAAUUUGGGGUUAUCGAACUGAAAUACAUGUUCUUAUAUUUUUUGUCCGGAGUUGCCUGGGAUGAAUCGGACAAGUUCCAUCAUUAUCAAAUGAGUCUCAUCUUUCCGUUCAUAAGUUAUCAGCGCUUCGAUUUUGAGUCUUGCUCCUUCAAAGACAAGACAGCAACUGACUCUAAUUUUCUAACUCUCACGUGUCCUGCGUUUUGGCGCGAAUUCCAGCUUACACCAGUCCUCUGUCUAGCUUCUGUCUAG